AUGGCAGACGAACAAAAGCAUACACACUCACCGUCGGAUUUUUUGAACACUGUGCUUAACCAGCACGUUCUUGUUAAGCUUAACUCAGGCAUCAAUUACCGAGGCGUCUUGGCAUGUCUGGAUGGCUACAUGAACAUUGCUUUGGAAAACACUGAAGAAUACGUGGAUGGAGAAUUAACGAAUCGAUAUGGUGACACUUUUAUUCGAGGAAACAACGUCUUAUAUAUUAGUGCUGAAAAGUCUGAAGGUGCAUAA